UGUGCCGACAACCAAAAUGCGGACACUAAAUCCAAACGAUUGACAUCUCGUGCGGAUAUAUGCAUCAACAUUGAGGACAUUAAUGACAAUCCCCCACAGUUUGCCUCCAGUGUAUACACUUUCAAAGUUGCAGAAAAUCUCCCUUCGAACAAGAGCACCAAUAGAAUUGGACAUUUCAUAGGGAAGAUUCAGGCUACGGAUCGUGAUACUGGUCCAAAUGCCAGAAUUCAGUACUCUGUCUCACAGAAUGCCAAAGGAAUUGUGGAAAUAGACGCGACUAAUGGAAGUCUUUAUCUUAUCACCCCAUUUGAUAGGGAGAAAACAAGACAAUUUGUGUUUACAGUUAUUGCAACAGAUCAGGCAGAGGGAAACCACACCACCUACAGUAAGUUAUCAGGUAGUGCUGAGGUGAGAAUAAUCGUAACGGAUAUGAACGAUUGUCAACCAGAAUUUGAGUCAGCAAACUACAAUUUCGAGGUGGAGGAGAAUGUAGAACUGGCAGAGGUAGGAAGAGUCAAAGCCACAGAUGCAGACACGGGUGAUUACGGUCGAGUUCGAUAUAGCCUUGCUGUUGAUGAGCAUCAAACUGGCGGAUCCAACCAUUCAUACAGACCAAACGGCAAUUCUAUGAUAACCAGUUUAUUCCAAAUAGACCCACGAAUGGGGAUUAUUCGUUUGAGAGGCCAUUUGGAUAGAGAAAAGCGUGUUCACUAUGAGUUUCUUGUCCAUGCAGUGGAUAACGUCCCAUUGAAUACUGAAAGUCCAUCAGGCCACUCAGGCGUUCGUUUCACAGCAACGGCUACAGUUCUAGUUGUGGUGUUGGACCAGAAUGACAACCCUCCUCAAAUCCAGUCUCCCAGAAAUCUGGCUGAAUUUAUGCUCAGUCCUGACCAGAUGGUAGCUGGAACAACCAUAUUUACCAUCGAUGCUGCUGACAAUGAUCAAGGAGAAAAUGCCACCAUCGAAUACGAAUUGAUGAUUCCUGAAGUGCCUCCCGAGAAUUCAUCAGAUUUGGCAACAACAACAAGGGUGGCCAAGAACUUUCCCUUUGCCAUCGACCAGACAACAGGAGUAUGCUACCUCAAACAAAAUCUACCUCCCAUUGGAAGUGACGGCUCGAAUAUAUACGUUUUCAGAGUGAAAGCUUACGAUCUGGGAACUCCAAGCAGCCUGAACUCCACUGUAACCGUGAGAAUAGUACGAGGGAACAAAGCUCUCAGUGGAAGUUAUACAGACCCAUUUCUGAUCAAUAAUGGGUAUAGGAGUGAAGGAGUGGUGAAGGUUGGAGGUACAGGAGGACACUAUUCAGGAGGAGAAUGGUUGGGAGAUUGGGGAGCAGAUACGGGUGGUGUGCCUAACAAAACUCUAGCGAUUAUUGUUGCUGCAGUAUUUGCAGUGAUAAUUCUCCUCACAAUUUUGAUAUUUGUCUACUUCCGACACCAGAAGUCCUUUAGUACCCGGACAAUUAUUAAUGGAGUACUUGGUAGCCAACCUCCAAACAAAUGUAGGGAAGGAUACAUUGCUGAAACACAGCAGUCGAGGAAAAGGAUAAACACACCUAUUACGCAAUCAUUUGUGCCGUAUGCUACGGCAAGGGAGCACGUUCGUUCCAUGUUCGAGCUGGACCCUUCUUUCAGUCUGAUUGCUUCGAACAGGCGCUCGGAUAUUUCAGGACACUCGUAG